GACAGAGAGAUAUUUGCUAUGAAAAUGUUGUCAAUCACAAUGUUUUUGGCCGCCCUAUUCACAACAAUCGCAGUCAUUAUAUUUGGUAUCCGAGGAGACGAUAGGGAUUGGAUGCCAGACCACGACCACAACUUCCUCUCGUGGUCUUACGGACUGGCAGUCGUCGGUGUGUUCUUUGAGUGGAUGUCAGCCAUACUAUUCUGGGCCGAGUCUCGCAUCUUAUAUAAGAAGGAACUCAAACGCGAACAACAAAUGUUUAAUUUAGAGCCAACUAAUAUCAAGGCUUAAUUCCGCUCAUUAUCUCACAAUCACAUCAUUUUUGAUGCAGUUUUUCAGUGCAAACAACAGACACUUAAUAUUUACAAACAUUCCGUCCUUUGCAUCGAUAAUAUCUGAAAAUCAUUUUCAUUUACUGACCAGAAGUUCAUACAAUUAAUAGCAAUCAAAACAAUGACUUCUGAUAUUUUUUACAUUUUAUGCACGUUUUUAUAUAUAAUUUAAAUACCAAUGAGUUAUACAUUUUAUGAAAUAUUGUCAAUAGAGUUGCACUAACAGUAUUGUAUAUCCAGU